AUGGUUUCGCGGUCGGCAACGUGUUCUUGCCGCGUGGUGAGCUGUGUGGUGGAAAUGUGGCAUACUCACGCGGCGUGGUCGGCGUGGGGCAACCAGGCUAUGGCGAGCGCCAGCACCAGGGUAACUGUGUGCACGCCGCGGGGACGGUUCGUAGGCAUGUUUUGCGCGUCCGCUAGCGCCCGAGCGGACGCAGGCUGCCGGCAGCCGCGCUUCAGCCGGCGGACUAACGUGUGCCACUGCUUCGCCGCUACCAAGCCUCGCGCGUGCGCCCGAAGGCCUAUCGACCGCAGCCCGGAUGCCUUCUUCCGCCAGUACCAUGACGUUCAGAUCCUCACUGGUCUUAUCGAACGACAAACAUACUAA